GCUUCACUCGCGAGUGUGUCGCAACUGCGUGGUUUUGUUUGACAACCACAACACACACACACACACACCACAAGGCAAGGGUAACCAACCAAAGCGACUUCCACCCUCCAAGUGCCCGCCAAUUGCCUUUCACUCGUGCACCCGCAUACCAGUCAGAUGCGUUUCGCGCCACUGGCAGCCGUCGUGCUGGUGGCACUGCUGGCUGCGGUCACCACGAGCGUUGCCGCUUUGCACCAGUACCGCCUGUCAGACCCACGCCUCCUCCUUCCUUACCCCACCAAGUCCGCCGUCGUCCAGCACAACAUCUCCGCCACAGGCGGCUGCUUCGUCUGGAGCACCACCAGGCCUCACGUCAUCUCCGUGACCACGCCAUCCCAGAAAUGUAGCACGUGGGCCACUGUGGAGGUGAUUGCUCGGCCUGGGCCUCGCAUGUCGGCCGAUAUCAUUGCCCGCGAAGUCUCCUCGGAUCAGAAGCUGUUUUGUGAAGUGACCGUGGCCCAGUUGCACGAUGUGCUGCUGGAGACAACGGACCACACCAUGUAUCUUGGUGACCCACCACUCAAGAUCACCGUCUCUGCACAGGACAGCGAAGAGAACACGUUCUCGGCGCUGUCGUCGCUGCCAUUCACGUGGAAGAUUCUCGAUGCCACGUGCAAGCCGAGCUCGUCUGCAUCCUCCAGGCUGCGGUUUGUCACCUUCAACGAAGUCAAGUACGACGCCCGGCCAGAGAUCACCGCCCUCGAGUCGCAGGGUCUUCGCGGGUAUGAAGUGCUGGUGCAGCCCUCCCACUCCGGUCGCGUCUGUGUCCUCGUCUCCUUCCAGAGCAACGAUUAUAUUGUUGAGGCGAAAGCGAUUGUGGCGAUUGUGGAGCGCAUCAACAUAAACCCGCCCGACAUGUAUACGGUGGCUGGCGAGACGUCGUCGUUUGCCAUCACAACGCAGCAGGGUCAGCACAUCAGCCUCAAGUCUGGCAAAUACUCGCUCCAGUCCGAAAACACCUCGGUUGCAGAGGUUGUUCCCGGCACGUCGCGGGUCAAGUCCCUGGCGCACGGCGUCGCCAAGCUGUACAUCCGUGAUAAGGACGGGCUGAUGGAUGCGUCGACGGGUGCGAAUGCGUUUGUGCAUGUUGUUGAGCCGACGAAACUGCGCAUCUCCAUCCGCUCGUGCAACGAUGACCUUCUGGAGACGCCGUGCGUGCUGCUGGUCAACACGGACUACACAACCACGCUCAUCCUCACCGAUGACUCAAACAACCACAUCCACACGGACGAGCUUGUGUUUUCGCUGUCGUCCAAUGCCCCUGCCGUGGCGCUCAAGGACUCAACGACCAACAACACGUGGCACCGCGCCCACACUGCUGUCGUCGGCACCGCGGACCUCUCUGCCGCAUAUUUUGGGCCGGACACCACCGCCGGCGCUGCCAGUGGCACACCUGUCCUCACUGCACAGCGCGUUGUGCGGGUUGUUGAUCCGAUUGUUGUGACGCCCGAUCGCGUGGUUAUCCCGUGGAGUGACGAGUCAAGCAACCCUGUCUCCAUCCAACUCAAGGCGACAGGCGGGUCUGGCUCGUACCUGUGGAGCUCCGAUGCGAGCCGCGUUGCGCACGUGUCUGAGGGCCGCGUUGUCCCCGUUGGCUUUGGCGCCGCCACCAUUGCCGCUUACGACCGCCUGCAGUCUGAGAUUGCCGGGUAUGCGAGCGUGGACGUGGUGUACCCGUCGGCGCUGCGCUUUGUCCCGGGCCCGCGCGACGCCGCCAUUGGCAGCGACAUCACCUUGCACGUGGAGUUUCUUGACGACGAAGGAAACGUGUUUGACCGCUGCAGCCACCUCGUCCCCACCUGGUCCCUCUCCUCCGCCGCCUUUGUCAAGCGGGACACCAAGUGCGGGGAUGCCCGAUGCGCGUGCAUCGUCCUGCGCGCGUCCCAGCCCGAGCGGGCCACCAUCACUGUCACGUGGGACAAGCUCUCUGCCACCGCGGACCUCAGCGCCCACCGUCGCCUGGCCAUCCACCCGGAUGACAAGGACGUGCUUGUGUCGCCUGGCGCUGCGCACACCAUCCGCUUCACCGGCGGCCCGCGGCCCUUCCCCCCGCUCCUCUCCCUCCACACCCGUGACCUCGUCCCCGCCAGCGAGGAUGCCGUGGGUGUUAGCGGGCAGGGCGACGCAGCCACAACCGCCUUCACCGUGACGUGCGUCAAGACGGGGUGUCAGACGCUGACGGUGCGUGUUGGCAACCAGCCCAGCUCGGCACAUCCGUACUUUGGCGUGAUGGAGGAGGACACAGCGCAGUUUUGCUGCGAGCGGCCGUCACACGUCGUCGCACGUCUCGACUUUGACCUGGAGGACGUUGCAGAGAACCCAGCGUGCUCGCACCAGGACUCGGUGUACUUGGUGCUUGCAGGCAAGGAGUGCCCCGUGUAUGUGCAGCCGUUUUUCAACUCGCGCACGUACAACAACGCCAGCACAAUUGAGUACUCGUGGACUAACACGGCCUCGGAUAUGGCCAUCGCUCCAACAACGGCACACACCGCAGUCACCCCAUCAGGCUCUGCGCGUGCAAAGGUGCAAGUGUCGACCAAAGGCCACCGCGACCAGCGGGUAUCCAGCCACCUGUUCCUUGAGCCGCGCCCGGCCAUCACCACCUCCCCUGCACGCGUUGUCCUCGCCGAUGUGCGCGAUGCUCGCGUGUCUGUGCCCGUUGUAGGCGGAUCGGGCGUGUUCAAGGUGCACAACACCACGCGCGUUGUGGCUGCCCGCGUUGCCAACACGACGCUGGUUGUGGACGGCAAGGCCAAGGGCAGCGGCAAGCUAAAGGUUGAGGAUGAGUGCCUGCUGCCUCGCACGGUGUCCACGCAGGUUGCGGUGGAGGUUGUGCCCGCCCACCACUUUACGGCCAACAUCCAGAACAAGCUUCAAGUCGGCGCCUCCACCACAGCGGAGCUGUGCCUGUUUGACAAGCAGGGCCGGAGCAUGCCUGCAAGCGCCUACCCGCUCGUUGUGUUUGCAGAGGAGGAAGACGAUACGCACGUGCAGCUGCGGCCCAUUGGCCCCGCAGACACAACCAGCAACACCGGGCGUGGCGGCAACGGCGGCUGUGGUGGCUGGCUGUUCCAGGUGGAGGGUGUUGAGACGGGCCUGGCAAAGGUGCGGUUCUCCGCAGCCAUCCAACCACUGCACGGCGCAGCGUACACGCUCUCGUCUGGCAACUACACCAUUGAGGUUUUUGAUGCGCUCCGCCUGUCCCCACGCCGUCUUCUGCUCCUCCCAGGCUCCUGCUUCCAGGUUGAGGUGCAGAACAAGCCGACAUAUGGGCAUGUGUCUGUGCGCUUCCACACCGACAACAGCAACUACGCCAGCGUGUCGACGCACGGGCUUGUGUGCGGGCGCACUGUUGGUGAGACGUCGCUCACAGCCACCGUUUUUGGGGAAGACCCAACGGUUGCCCUGAGCACGGACACGGUGCUGGUGAAGGUUGUUCUUGCAACGGGUCUGCACAUUCGCUUUCCGUCGCGGUACAUGGUGGUCGGCAGUGUCGUCGAGGCGUAUGCGACGCUGCGACACGGCGACGAGGACAUUUUGAGCGGGCAGUCCAUUGCCAGCAUGACCUGGACCUCCGAUGACCCCACUGUCCUCAGCACACACUCCCUCUUCCGACACGAGGGCGAGGACACUGAGGAGUUUUACGCGGCUGCAGUUGCCCAUGCUGAGGGUGUUGUUCGCGUGACAGUGUCUGCACCGUGCGCGUCGGCUUACUGCCGUGCACCCUCGUCCACCAUCGCCGCUUCGUUUGACCUCACUGUCUUCUCCCGCCUCCGUCUCCCUGCCGGCCCAGAUUUCAUCGUCCCAACGUCUGCACGCUUCCAGCUGCCGGUGUCCUUCUCCCACAAGCGGGAUGUGCAGUAUGAGCUGUUUGCUGCGUCGCCUGCGCCCUCCGGCCCCGUGCGCUCCACCAUUGCCCCCGACGGCACUAUCACCACCGCAGACGAGCGGGAGGAUGUUGUUGUUGCCGUCAUGCACGUUGUUGACGGGGUGGUGCUGCAGCGUGCCGCCGCCAGUCUGCACGUUGACCGCGUGCGCCACUUGUCGCUGGAGCCCGAGCCAAGCUGCCACCACCUCACCCUCGGCUCACACUGCAUCAUCCGUGUUGUGCUGCAAGACAUGACGGGCCGCCCACUCGUGUACACGGAUGGCAUUGACGUGCAGGCGUUUGUCGACAAGUCCGUUGCGCGUGUGCGCAUGCACUCGAGCAAUGAGCUGAUUGUCACGGCCACGGGCAAGGGAGAGGCGCUCUUGCGAGUGUCUGUGCACAACUCGCCCGUCAGCAACUACUUCCGCGUCCUGGUCACGUCCCAGCUCAACCCAAGUGACGUAACUGUGCCUGUUGGCUCGUCCUUCUGCUUCCCUCCAUCCGAGGCGUCUCGCAACGCCACCUGGGCCUCAUCCAGCCCAGCCGUCGCUACCGUCAAGCCGCCAGGCCACGUCACGAUCCACAGCGAGGGCGAGACCGAGAUCUCGCGCACGACGGCGCAGGGCAUUGCAAAGGGCAGCCUGCGCAGCCGCCCUAUUGCCGCCGCCCGCUUUGUUGCCCAGCCCGCGUUCAUCACCAACCUGGAGGCCAGCAACGCGUUUUCGCUGCGCUUGUCGUAUCACAGCCGCAGCGGUGCCAACUUCUCGCUCAUCCCGGCGUGCCAGGGCAAAGGCUUCCAGCCCAUGGCCAAGGUGACGUGUGCUGCUGAGGGCCACCCACACCUCUCGGUCGCACCCGCGUUUGACGCUGCGAGCGGCAAGCACGCCUGCCAGAUUACCGUUUCCUCCAACGAUGUGCUCUCUGCGUCUCCACUUGUCGUCACGGCCACGGUCUCUCCGCUUGCCACUUCGUCUUCUUCAUCAUCCUCCACAGCCGUGGUUGCGCGCACCGCUGUGACUGCCGCCCCCGCCUUCCACGUGGAGUCCUCUGUUGUUUCGCUCGGCAGCCGGCUUGCCUCCGCUGCCACGCUGCGUGUGCGACAAGUGCUUGACCUGUCGCAGCUUGGCGUGGAGGUUGACAGCAACUCGCUGCUGCCGGACGCGGGCUCGACCAGCGACCGGCAGUACUUCACCUCGGCCUCGCUGCGCAUCACGUUUGUGAUGCAGGCGCAGGCUGAGGCGGUUGUCACGGUUGAGCGCAUGAUUGCUUCUGCACGCGAGCACACGCUGGUUGUCUUCAACAAGUACACGCAGCAGCGCCACGCCGUGUCCGUCGCCGUCCUCGACGAGCCUGAGCCCGAAGCGCCACCGACGCGUGCACCGCCAGCAGCGACCAGCGACCAGCACGGCGUGAUUACGAUGGACCAGAGCACGGGCGCAGCACCGUCUACCCCCUCGCCGCCAGACAACUCGUGGCCGCUGUGGGUGUAUGUGGUGCUGUUCUUCCUCUUCUGCAUCAUUCUGCUGCUUGUGCUGCAUCUUCCGUCCAUUCCCCCUCGCGACCCAAACCAGAGCCUCUACGUUGGCCCCCAAUCGCCACAACGUGGCGCGUUUUCGCGCUUUGGAUCGCCGCUGCAGCUCGUGUCUCGCAUUCCGCGCACGUCCGCCAUGACACGCGCAACCCCAACCAAGCUGGGCAAGACGACCACAGCAGCGCCAGCCACGACGACCGCGGGUGCGGGUGUUGUGCGGCCGACAAUGACAACGCCAACACGAGACCGCAGACUCCAGGCGCGCUCCUCUCGCUUCUCCUAGGAUGCAACAAGGGAUGAACGUUGUGUAUUGUGUUGCGUCUUGCAUGUGUGUGUGGUGUGUGUGAUGUGUGGUGGGUGCAUGGGUGUGGUGUGUGUGUGAGUGCAUGCAUGUAAGUGUGUGCGUGCGUGGAUCGUGCUGUGCCAUCCAGCUCUGCACCAGCACGUGCGGAAAGCACGCGCUCACCACCAACAGUCCAGAAAGCAACGUGGUUGCAUCGUGUUCUCGUUUGCAUGCACGCAGCGCUGGUUUGCUUGUCGUGUAUUGGUCUUGGUCAGUGACAAGCAAAAAGUGUGCAAAUAAACGCGUUCAAGCGAAGCAGUGGCUGACUGUUGCUGUACACGUGCCGCGAUGAGCGUCACAUCACACGUCAUUGGUGAGAAU